ACACUGACACUGCAGUUUUCAGUUUUCUUCACCAAAAUUACUGUUUUUUGCAUGCUUUGAUGCUCUCAUAAUCUUUGAUUCUUUCCAUUUCACUUCAACGGCAAUGAGAAGAAGAAAACAAACAAUGGGGUUUCUGCAACUCUCCACUCCUGCUUCUUUCAACAAUGGCGAUCUGCAUGGGGAACAACGAUGAUCCAUCGUUCCAACUAAACGACGACGUUCUCGGCCUCAUCGUCUUCAAAUCGGGCAUCGAAGACCCUUUUUCGUAUCUCGAAUCAUGGAAUGAAGACGAUAGCUCGCCCUGUUCAUGGAGGUUCGUUCAAUGCAGCCCUUUCAAUGGCCGAGUUUCGGAGAUAUCUCUUAAUGGUUUAGGGUUGUCUGGAAAGAUUGGUAAAGGGCUUCAAAAACUGCAGUAUUUGAAGGUAUUAUCGUUGUCUCACAACCAUUUUAAUGGCUCCAUUGAUGAACUCGGCACGAUUUUCACUUCUCUCCAAAGUCUUAAUCUCAGCCACAACGGAUUUUCCGGUAAAAUCCCAGACUUUUUGGUUAUGGAUUCGAUGAAUUCUCUUGAUCUUUCCGGGAAUUUUCUCACCGGUCCGAUCCCAGACGGUUUCUUUCAAACUUGUUCGUCACUUGAAUUUCUCUCUUUAGCCGAGAAUUUACUCGAAGGACCAUUGCCUUCGACAUUAUCCAAAUGUUCCAAGUUGAACAACCUUAAUCUCUCCAAAAACCAAUUUUCCGGAACCAUAGAAUAUCUGGGUUUUAUGAACAAGCUUCAAACUGUACAUCUUUCGUACAAUUCAUUUUCCGGGAAUAUCCCAGAAAAGGCAUUGGCAGCCAUUGAUGACCUUAAAGAGCUUCAUUUACAAGGUAACCUUUUCACAGGACCAAUUCCAGAUUCAAUGCAAAGCCUAAAAAGCUCCAUUUCUUCCAUCAAUUUAUCAAACAACAUGUUCACCGGCGAUUUCCCUCAAUGGAUCGGUAACCUCAGCAACUUGGAACACCUGGAUUUUUCAACCAACAAUUUGACUGGGAAUCUUCCGUCGUCGAUAGGUAACCUGAAAGGUCUAAAACAACUGAAAUUAUCAAACAACAAGCUUGAAGGCAAUAUCCCACCAUCAUUAGCUUAUUGUUUCCAGUUAUCGGCCAUCGAUUUAAGAGACAAUGACUUCAAAGGCAGCAUUCCACCUGGUUUGUUUCAGCUCCAAUCUCUACAGGAUUUAGAUCUUUCAAGGAACAGUCUUCAAGGAAAUAUAACUCCAGAAAUGGGUGUUUUUGCGAAGAUUCAGUACUUGAAUUUGUCAUGGAACAAUCUUCGAUCGAGGAUUCCACUGGAGAUUGGUUUAUUCCGGAAUCUAACGGUGUUGGAUCUUCGAAACAAUGGCUUAAUUGGUGGUAUUCCUGGGGAUUUAUGUGAAGCUGGAAAUUUGGGUGUUCUUCAAUUGGAUGGAAAUUCAUUGACUGGACCAAUUCCAGAUGAGAUCGGCAACUGUUCAUCUCUCUACUUGCUGAGCUUGUCUCACAACAGUAUAAGUGGUUCAAUCCCCAUAUCAAUGUCUAAAUUGGGCAAACUCAAGACUCUCAACUUGGAACACAAUGAACUGAGUGGAGAAAUACCACAGGAGCUUGGAUCUUUGGGGAAUCUUCUUGCUGUAAACAUAUCAUAUAAUCAACUUACAGGCAGGCUUCCAACAGGAAGCAUAUUCCCAAGCUUGGAUCAAAGUUCUUUAAUGGGAAAUUUAGGACUUUGUUCACCAUUGUUGAAAGGACCCUGCAAGAUGAACACUCCGAAACCUUUGGUUCUCGAUCCCGAUUUCUAUAACGACCAAAUGGGUGAUCAUAGGCGAAGAAACGAGUCCUCGAGUACCACGAGAUUUGACCAUCGUAUGUUCUUUAGUGUUUCAGCAAUCAUUGCGAUUUCGGCAGCUGUUUUGAUUGUGUCUGGUGUGAUCAUCAUUAGUCUCUUGAAUGUUUCAGCUCGUCGGAGACAUGCGAUGGUAGAGGCUGCGCUCGAAAGCCUGUGUACGAGUUCUACGAGAUCGGGAAGUUUGCCAACGGGGCAGCUGAUCCUGUUUGAUUCGAAGCUAUCACCUGAUGGGAUUGACAAUCCUGAAUUCCUCCUUGAGAAAGGGUCCGAGAUUGGCGAAGGAGUAUUCGGAUCGGUUUACAAGGUCUCAUUGGGUGCACAGGGAAGAAUCAUGGCAAUCAAAAAGCUCGUGACAUCGAAAAUAAUCGAAUAUCCUGAGGACUUCGACCGAGAAGUUCGAGUUUUGAGCAAAGCAAGGCAUCCGAAUCUGAUAGCAUUAGAAGGAUAUUAUUGGACUCCUCAUUGCCAACUUCUGGUUACAGAGUAUGCACCUAAUGGUAACUUGGAGACCAAGCUCCAUGAAAGGCUAAGUUCUACCCCAGCACUUUCUUGGUCCGACCGGUUCAAAAUUAUUCUCGGAACAGCGAAGGGGCUCGCACACUUGCAUCACUCCUUCCGACCACCGAUAAUUCACUACAAUAUGAAGCCAUCUAACAUCCUGCUCGAUGAGAAUAACAAUCCGAAGAUUUCAGAUUUCGGGUUGGCCAGGCUUCUAACGAAGCUUGAAAAGCAUGUGAUUAACAAUAGGUUUCAGAGUGCAGUAGGAUAUGUUGCACCAGAGCUAGCAUGCCAGAGCUUGAGGGUUAACGAGAAAUGCGACAUAUACGGUUUUGGAGUGUUGAUCUUGGAGCUUGUGACCGGACGAUGGCCGGUCGAGUAUGGUGAAGAUAAUGUUGUGAUACUAAUCGACCAUGUACGAAUUUCGCUUGAACAAGGCAAUGUGUUAGGUUGUGUGGAUAAAAGUAUGGCUGAUUAUCCCGAAGACGAAGUGUUGCCGGUGCUGAAAUUGGCGUUGGUAUGCACCUCUCAAAUACCAUCCAGUAGGCCUUCCAUAACGGAAGUGGUGCAGAUAUUGCAGGUUAUCAAGACACCAAUCCCACAUCAAUUGGAAAUAUUCUAAGAUAUAAGCUUUUAAUUACGCUCAGUCUUGUCGAAAACUAUUUGCUUAAGUUUUGCUCAUUUUCUCCUAAUA